AUGAACAAUUUGCUCAUUACUGUUUCAUUACUUUUGGUCACUAUUGUCUUUGCCGCGACAUUUACAAACCCUGCGGUGGAGGCUAAAAAAGAAAUAAUAAUCUCAUUCAAAUGCAAACAGAAAUCAGAUUGUUUAUCAAACAUUGCAUGUCUGGCUUGUGUUGAUUGCCGAUGUGAUAAAAACUUGUGUAGAUGCCAUGGUUUCAAAGAAGAAAACGGGAAUCCAACAGUUGCACCAUUACCAGUUUAA